AUGGUUCAUUCAGAUGAUGAUGAGGUUGCUACACCCAUUCAAAGAGGGGAAACUAGUAGCCAGAAAAAGAAACGUGGCCCUACGGGAAUGAAAGAUAUAACACGUUUUAGUAGUGAGGGACGGAGAAUGGUUAUUCAGUACAAUGAACUAGGUCAACCGAUUGGACCGAAUGCAACGAAGUUGAAGAGUUUUAUUGGAACGACCGUAAGGUUUCACGUUCCUAUCACGUACUCUACUUGGCAUGUUGUUCCAAUGGAGAUGAAGGGGAAAAUUUAUGAAUUGAUUGAGGCCGGCUUCAUUCUUGACCCCAAGUCGAAGAAAAACAUACUUCAAAACGCGGGAGUAUGCUAUCGUGGGUUCAAGUCGAGAUUAACAACUACGUACGUACUUCCAUUUAAGGACGAUGUGGAGAAAUUAAAACACCCACCAGCGGAAUACUCAUUCAUCGAUCAAGACCAUUGGGAUGAAUUUGUGGCUUCACGGUUGAAGGAAGAUUUUGAAAAAAAAAGUGAAGAUGGUAAACUGAAAAGGAGCCUGUACAAAUACAACCAUAGAAUAUCUCGCAAGGGGUAUGCAAAUCUGGUUGAGGAGUUGCGUGCAUCUUCUUCGUCAGAUCAAAUAGAUCGAUCGAUAGUAUGGAAACAUGCACGGUUGGAUCGUAAGGGAGAGUUCCCAGAUAAAGAGACGAUGGACGUUGCCAAUCUCAUUGACGAUCUAAUGGGCAACCAGAAGGGACGUAGUUUAUCUGGUGGUGACGAUGUUCUCACCCAGGCAUUGGGAGGGAAAGAUCGUCCGGGCAUACUCCGAGGCGUGGGGAAGUACGUGACUAAGAAAAAAUAUUUCCAUACCCCAAUGGAAUCUAAAGAAGGUAAUGAGGAGAGGACAGUGUAUGAGGAACGUGAUCAAAUUGCCAAACGAAUUAUCGAGCUAGAAGCGAAGUUGCAUAAAAUGAAAAAAGAUGAGUGUGCGAAAGGAGAUGAAGAAGAACAAGACCCUAGUAUGUGUUCGAAAGGAACACCAUCAGUUGAAGGGGUUUCAGAUGAUGAGACUGAAGACGUAGCCUCUGAUUCAGUACCAGAUAAAGCGGCUGACGUUGUGACAGAAGUGAACAAAGAAGAAAAUGUGGGGGACACAAGAUCAAGUGACUUGAAGGUUAGUUUAAAGUAUACUUUACUAAUUAAGGCACACUGCUCCACAACAAUUCUAUAUACGUGUUUAAUCUUGUAAGAAGUUAGACAUAACCCU